CUAAGUAAGCGAGAAAAUCUAGCUGCAGAAGUAGCUGCAGCGCCCACUUACAGCUAGAUUAACUAGAUUAAAAGGUACAUUUAUCUAGCUGCAUGCUGGUUGAAAUUGUGUACUAGCUGAAACGGCCGCUACAUGGGCCAAUUAAUCGAGCUAUGAAUUGACCGAUUAAUCGAUAGCAACUAGUUGUACCCAAUUGAAACUAGCUUCAAUCUAGCUGAAGCUAGAUGAAAUUUUCAUGUAUUUCUGUGCAGCUAGCUGAAGCUAGAUAAAUGUACCUUUUAAUCUAAACGCAGCGCCCGCUUCAUGAUUUUUUUUUUCGUCCUUGGGGAGUUCAGGACAAAUUGGACUAAUAAAAGUUGGGGGAUCGAUUUUCAGCCUUAUGCAGACUGAUUCUUUCAUUCUGUUUUUCUGGAUCUAGAUGAAAUAUUUAAUGAAAAUGUCCUAUUGUAUUGGUCACCAUCAGAUAAAUAUUUGGCAUUUGUGAAACUAAAUUUAACAUCAAUACCAAAAAAUAAUUAUCUUAACUAUAAUUCAUUUAAUAAUGAUAAAUACACUAUUCCUUAUCCAAAGUUUGGUGAUCCAUUACCAUUAAUCGAUGUCUAUGUUUAUGAUAUUAGUACUGACGAAACAAUGAAAGUACCACGUCCACCCGAGUACGAGCGAUUAAAGUCAGAUGUUUAUAUAUUCCAUGUUGUUUGGUGUGGUGAUAAUUGUUUAUCUGUUGUUUAUGCUAAUCGUGCACAAAACAUAAGUGUCAUUCAAUUAUACAGAAUAGAAGAUGGUAAUAUUGUUUUGAAUAAGUAUUAUGUUGAACAAGCAAGAAAAGGUUGGAUACCAGCGAAUUUUUUACGACCAGUAUUUGUAAAACAAGGUACAUAUGCAUUUAUUGUCCGGUAUGAUCAGUUAAACUUGGGAAAAUAUGGAAAAUCGUAUCCGCAAAUAGUACGAAUUCAUUUCAAUCAAAAAACUCCUCAAAUAGAUCGUAGUUCCCCACCGAAUAUUCAUGUUGAUCGAAUUAUUCAUGUUGAUGACAAAGACACUGUUUAUUUUACCGGAUCGAAUGACGAUCCGAAGGAACGACAAUUAUACAAAUGGAUGAUAACGUUAAACAAUGUCGAAUCUGAAUGUCUGUCGUGUUAUGAUGAAAAUUGUUCGUAUUUUGAUGCUCAAUUUAGUAAAAAUAAUGGAAGUUAUUUUAUUUUGGAAUGUCUCGGUCCAAACAUACCAUAUUCAAGAUUACAUAAUCGUUCAGGAAACAUGACUGAACAUAAAAUUCAAGAUAAUCAACCAUUUCGUCAGUGGCUCGAUUCAAAACUUAUGCCUUACAUUCAUUUUUUCAAUGUAACAUUAGAUGCUGAAAAGAAUAUAGUGGGAUAUGGUAUGAUAAUCUUGCCACCAUGGUAUAAUCCAAAUGUGACAAUCAUAUCUUAUCCGAUUAUAGUAUCUAUAAGUGACAACUUACAUACUCAAAGAGUAACUAAAAAAUAUCCAUUAUUUCUACGAGAAUAUUAUCAUGUAACAAAAGCAAAUAUAAGCAUUGUAUUAUUUGAUGGACACGGUAGCUUCGGACAAGAUGAAGAUUAUCUUAAAAGUGAUUACAAAAAUUUGUUUCAACAUCAAUAUGAUGAUUAUAUUAAACUAGCAGAAUAUCUAAAAUGUCGAGAGAAGAAAUUUAAUAAUACAUUGAAUGAUGCCCGUUUUGGAUUAACAGCUAUACAAGAAGCGAAUGUUCAUGAAAUUGGUAAGAAGAGUCUAGCAAUUGUUCACGGAAUGUCUGAUGAAGUAGUCCAUUUUCAACAUUCGGCCAUUCUUGUAAAAAACUUUGUUCAAGCUGGAUCAAAUUUUGAAUUUAAAGUAUAUCCAGAUUCAGAUUAUUAUUUCGAAAAUGAUCGUGCCACAUAUGAAGAUUAUUUUCGAUUUAAAAUUCGAUUUUUUCAACACUGUCUUGGUACUCGUGUAAUUAAAGAACAAAAACCAAUUAUACAAGAUGAUAGUAAUGAAAAUAUUUAA